CGCUUCAAAUUGCAAGCGCUCCAGAGCAAAGAUUUUUUUGUGAUGUUAUGUUUUUAACAAAAUCGAAGCGUUUUAAAAACAUCAAAAUGAGUAAAAAUUCUAAUAAGGGCAUGAAGGUUGUGAAGAAAUGUUCAGAAUGCGAAAGAGAGAUCCCAGUUGCGUGUAAAACGUGUCCAUUGUGUAAAUCUUUGGUUGUGUCUACAAAGGCUCAGAAAACACCAAAACAGAUAGAUGAAGACAAAGAUUCAGAGGCAAAGAUUCGAAGAACGGAGAGAAUAAGACGUGAACGCCCAGAUUUCUUCAAUUCCCUUGAACUUGAUAACCAAUUUAAAAAGAAAAGGAAGCGAAAAGAGAGCACAGAAAGCCGAGGGCGUGUAAGCUUGUCCAGCCCUACAGAACCUGAGGGGAAAAUUCUGCAGGUGGAAGAAAGUGAGGUGCCUAAGAAAAGAAGGGGUCGACCAAGGAGUGUGGCAAACUCUGAAAUAUCUGACAAAAUGUCAGAGACGAAGUCGCCGCAGCCAGAAGAGGACUGGUACGCUCACCUGCCCUCUGAGAAAUUGAUGCAAUACCAAAUUAUCUUGGCAGAAAUUAACCGCAAAGUCUCAACUCAAAACUUUAACCCAGUGUGAAACUCAUAUUCAUGGAUAUUUAUGUGGAUUGUGCAAUAGAUCUCAAGAAUUGGUCGUUUAUGGCGGUUUGUAAAGGUUAUUUCCCUUGCCUUUGGUUUAUUCCAUUCAAAUUGAUGAAAAACAGCUUAUGCCUGUAAAAUUUCAAAAAAUAUCAUGUCCUGAGAAUGUUGUUAAUGGGCUCAAGUUUUAUGAAAUGCUCACUCAAUGAAGGAAGUCACAUUCUGCGAGCAAACCGUUUCAUAUUGAUUGAAAAACUGUAUGUACUCGUGAACUUUCAAAUAUUAACAUGUUCUAAGAAUAUCAUCAAUGGGCUUGAAUUCUAUGAAAUGCUGGAUAUAUGUUUGUUAUGUAAAAGACAUCAGUUAAGAUGUGAUAAUCUCUAUUGUUUAUAUGUAAUAAAAUACAAUGUAUCUUUGUAUUCUGA